AUGGAUCUCGCCAGCCUCAUCUCCCACCCGGGACCAGAUCCCUUCUCGACCUACAAGUCCCGCGCCUCGUACAGUCCUCCCAUGGGCUCGUACAAGCGGUCGAUCGAACAAACCUCGGACUCAUACUUCCCCUCCGUCGCGAUCUCCUACACGCGCUCCCCACAGCCUCCUCUCUCUCCUCCUGUCGAGGAACACUCGCCCAAGUGCUCUCUUCCUUCCAUCUCCACUCUCCUUGAGGGCGCAGACGGCGCAUCCAUUCAUGCAGCGAAGCGGACUCGAAUGACCCCUCCUUUGCAGCGCGAGGUCGACUCCCGCCCGCCGUCACAAGCAUAUGACUUCAAAUCCAACGGCCCCCAAAUCGCCUUGCCACCAACGCCCCCAUUGCGUCCGGGCUCGGGCUUCCACAGCGCCAGCCACUCCCCCGCCUCCUCCAUCUCGGCUGCCAGCGAAGGCAAUGCCCUCAAGCGCUCCGAUUCUUACUCGCAGGUGCCGGUGGCUCUGCCUAGCCCCACAGAGCGGUCGUCCAUCUCCAGCCAGGGUUCCGUGCAGGGCGCUCCUUACGCUUCGCCUGCCCCCAGCGUUGCGUCUUACUCCUCCCCCAUUGAGCCUUCGGCUUCGUCCGCCAUGUUCUACCAACGCACGGCAUCCACCACCGCCGCUCCUCUCCCAACGCCGGCACCCCAACAAAUCAUCUCUCCCGUGACCCCCGCCUGGCAACAUCACCACUACUUCCCUCCCUCCAGCACCACGCCAUUCCAGCAAAACCAUGACCGCUACAUCUGCCGCACCUGCCACAAGGCCUUCUCGAGACCGUCCAGCCUGCGCAUCCACUCGCACAGCCACACGGGCGAGAAGCCGUUCCGCUGCACCCACGCUGGCUGUGGGAAGGCCUUCAGCGUGCGAAGCAACAUGAAGCGUCAUGAGCGUGGCUGCCACAGUGGUCGCCCUGUCGCAACCGCCAUGGUAUAA